AUGGGUCUCACUUCUCUUCAAGUUUGCAUGGAUUCUGACUGGCUCCAGGAAGCUGAGUCAUCAGGAGGAAGCAUGUUAGACUCUUCAACGACUUCUCCAUCAGCAGCCGACAUACUAGCGGCUUGCGGCACUAGACCACAAGCCUCGGCCGUGGCUGUAGCCGCCGCUGCUCUGAUGGACGGUGGAAGGAGGCUGCGUCCACCUCACGACCAUCCUCAGAAGUGUCCUCGUUGCGAGUCAACACACACUAAGUUCUGCUACUACAACAACUAUAGCCUCUCUCAGCCUCGUUACUUCUGCAAGACCUGUCGCCGUUACUGGACCAAAGGCGGCACUCUGAGGAACAUUCCGGUCGGUGGUGGCUGCCGUAAAAACAAGAAGCCCUCUUCCUCCAAUUCUUCAUCCUCCACUUCCUCCGGGAAAAAGCCAUCCAACAUUGUUACCAGUAACACCACUGACCUUAUUGCUUUAGCACAUUCUCAUCAGAAUUACCAAAAUGCCUCUCUAGGGUUUUCACAUUUUGGUGGGAAUGGGAUGAUGGGGUCUUACACUACUCCUGAACAUGGCAACGUUGGCUUCUUGGAGAGCAAGUAUGGCGGUUUGCUUUCGCAAAGCCCUAGACCUAUUGAUUUCUUGGAUAACAAGUUUGAUCUCAUGGGAGUCAACAAUGACAAUCUGGUUAUGGUUGAUCACGGAAGUAACGGAGAUCAUCAUCAUCAUCAUAAUCAUCACUUGGGUCUAAAUCACGGGUUAGGUGUUCACAACAACAACAACAAUGGUGGGUUUCACGGGAUUUCUAUGGGAAGCAACGGAAAUGGUGGUGGUGGUGGUGGUCUCAUGGAUAUCUCGACAUGCCAGAGACUUAUGCUAUCUAAUUAUGAUCAUCAUCACUAUAGUCAUCAUGAAGAUAAUCAAAGGGUAACAUCACUUAUGGAUGUGAAGCCAAAUCCAAAGCUGUUAUCGCUUGACUGGCAACAAGAUCAAGGCUACUCUGAUGGUAGCGGCAACAGAGGCGGAGGAAAAUCUGAUGGUGGUGGAUAUGGCGGUGGCAGUUAUAUCAACGGCUUAGGUUCGUCGUGGAAUGGUUUGAUGAAUGGCUAUGGAUCUUCCACUAAAACAAACUCCUUGGUUUAA